AUGAUGGAGCCCUCAGCCUGCCCGUCCCCUUCCUCCGCCCCGACACCGGCACCUCCCUCCGCCUCUCCCCUCCUCCGCCCGGCCCCUGCUGUCCGGAGCCUUCCUUGCAGUCUUUGGCCAGAGAUGCUGCUUGUGCCACUGGGGCCAAAGAAACCAUAGGUGGCGGGAGGAUGGAGGUGAAGCUCAAGGACCUUGUCCCGGCAGCGACUAACACAGUGAACACGACGUUCAUCGUGGUCGACAAGGCGCCCCGCCCGGCCCAGGCAAACGCGCACGGCAGGGAGGAGACAUGCCCAUCACUAGUGGCUGAUGAGACGGCGGCGGUGCAUUUCCUUCUGUGGGGCACCGAGUGUGAUGCCUUCGAGCCUGGGGACAUCGUGCGGCUCACGAGUGGCAUCUUCUCGUACCAUAGGGGCAACAACCUGUUCUUGCGCGCCGGCAAGCGAGGACGAGUGGAGAAGGUGGGCGAGUUCACCAUGAUGUUCGUCGAGACGCCCAACAUGAGCGAGGUGAGGUGGGGGCCUGAUCCAGGCGACCCAAGGAAGAUGGUGCAGGAGGCUGUCGUGUCGCCCUACUCCCAAGUCUUCAAGCCGCUGCACUGAUGCCUAUCAUUUCAGGCUUCCAGCUCAUUGUUGCUCCAAGUCUCAUUAAAUCUUAUACAAUACUAACCGUGGUAGUAAAUUAUGCAAUACUAACCACUUGCUGAAUUUUGUAUGCUUUCUCCUUAAAGUAUCACUGGGCCAUCGUUUUAAUGUCUUGAGAUAUUUCUCAUGUAAACGGAGCUCAUAGAAGAUUUAGCAAGCCAUAUACCAAGCUGUGUUGAUGUGAACAACAGUGUAACUUUUUCCCUGAAAGGCUCAAAAUACAACUGAAGUUGUAGGCAAGAGUUUGAUUA